CACAGCAUCACCAGGAAAAUGGAGGCAGGGCACGAAUAGAGAAACACACAAACACGCACACAGUUUUAGCAGCACAGGCUGUAAAGGAUGCUCUAAACAUUUAAAACAGUUAAAAAGAUGAUAUUCUCUGAAAUCAGAAAGUAGAGCAGUGCCAACUGGAAAAGCGCUAGUAAAAUAUACAUUUCCCUGACACGAAGGCCACUAACAGCGGAAGAAGAUAUGGAUUCUUCCUGCACAGUUGGUGAGGAGAGAACAUCUCCUCCCAACUCCCUUCACAUCAGCGGAGCUGGUGGAGGUUCGGGUCACCGCAAACGCCGAACCCUUGUAGCGCCAGAUAUGAAUCUGUCACUGGAUCAAAGCGAAGGGUCCCUGCUUUCUGAUGAUUUCCUAGAUACACCAGAUGACCUGGACAUUAAUGUUGAUGACAUUGAAACUCCUGAUGAAACCGACUCCCUGGAGUUCCCAGCCACUGGCAAUGACCUUGAAUGGGAAGAUGAUGCGCCAGUGGCCUCCGCGAAUUUAGGGCCUGUAGAAGGGGCUGAAGAUGAGGGGGAUGUUGGAAAUAGUCGCUUGUGGAGGACCGUUAUCAUUGGCGAGCAGGAGCACCGUAUUGACAUGCAGCUCAUUCGGCCAUAUGUGCGUGUCAUUUCUCAUGGAGGUUACUAUGGUGAAGGCCUGAAUGCCAUCAUCGUGUUUUCAGCAUGCUAUUUGCCUGACAGCAGCUGUCCAGAUUACCAUUAUAUCAUGGAAAAUCUCUUUCUCUAUGUAGUGAGCAGCCUAGAGAUGCUGGUGGCUGAGGACUACAUGAUAAUUUAUAUGAACGGAGGAACGCCACGCAGCAAGAUGCCUGGGAUCAGCUGGCUGAAAAAGUGCUAUCAGAUGAUUGACAGAAGACUGCGGAAGAAUCUCAAGUCUUUAAUCAUUGCACAUCCGUCCUGGUUCAUACGCACAGUCCUGGCCAUUUCCAGACCCUUCAUCAGUGUGAAGUUUAUGAACAAAAUCCGCUACGUACACAGCUUAGAAGAACUGGAACAGAUCAUCCCCAUGGAGCACAUCCACAUCCCAGAUUGUGUCAUACAGUAUGAUGAAGAAAGGAUCAAAGCACGAAAGGAACGAUUGGAAGAAGAGGGGGAGCUUCAGCCACAAGAAAAACAGGAGUCAGCCAAUAUAGAUGGACCAUCAGCAACAACCAAAACAACAGCAGAAGAACCAGUCCUGUGAGAGAUUAAUGGAAGGCCGUUUGAUAAAAGUCCCUCUUAUCUGCUGAUCUAAGGCCAGUUUGUUCUGUUACUGUCCUGCUGUGGUCUGUAAUCACAAAACUCACCCAAUGGUCCCAGAUCAGCAUAAAAGGGUCUCUUUUAUCAGAGGUUUCUAAAAAAAAUCCACCACCAGGUGGCACUCCAUCCAGAAAAAUAUUGCUGUAUUCAGUAGCAGGAUGUGUCUAUUCAAUAUCACAGCUUCCCAGUUAAUGAUAGACCCUGGUGUCCACUUUCUGCCCAGUGCCAUCUUAAAGAACAUACCAUCACCUGGCUAUACAAGUCAUAGGUGUGUUCGCUCAGGAGUGAUUCUUUAAAGCGAUGCAUGCAAAGUUCCCCUCUCUUUGUACAUGCACCCAGCUUGACUGUGCUAUUCUGCUCUGCUGUGUGUUUGUAUGGCAAUUACAUGUUUAGAUUUUUUAAUGUUUUGAAUGCUCUCUUCCUUCAUCAGUAUUGUUAAAUAAUUGCCAAAAAAAAAAAAAUCCUGCAAAAGGGCACAUCAGUACUAGCAGCAGAAUUUGGCUCAUAACAGAUUUUUUUUCUAUGGUAAGUUUAUGUUGCCUUAAGUGUCUAAAAUUAAACAGCAGUAUAUGAA